UAGAAAUAGUGCUGCACCUGUUUUACUGGUGGUGCCACCUACGAUAACAAUUCCAAUCCAAAAGAGUUGUGGGGGGAUAACCGCGUAAUGAGUGUUGUUUAUUCUCAUGAUUUUCACGGAAAAUAACGCCGUUUGAGUGAUAAAAAAAUUCAGAUCAAAGUAAGCACGAUGAAUCGUGCCUACCUGUUGACCGUACUCUUCGUCGUGAAGACCCUCCCAAUAAUCGGACAAGAUGUCAAUCAGCAGCCGGAUUGGAGUAACCAGCCAUCGGACACCUGGAGCAAUUCCCAGCAAAAUCCCCAGCCAAAUCAACUACCGAACACCUUCAACGAUCAGACCCAAAAUGCCUGGAGCAAUCCCCAGUCGAGCUGGGGCACAAAUCCACGGAGUGGAGGACAAACGUACUACUAUGGUGAAGUUGAACGCAAGUGUCCAAAGCACUGGAUAAGAUUCCAAGAAUCGUGCUACCGUUUCAUAAAGAGUCCUUAUCGAAAUCGUGAUGAUGCGAGGCGUAAUUGUCAGGCAUAUCAAAGUGACUUGGUUUCCAUAAACUCAGUCGAGGAGCAUGGGUUCCUUCUGCAUCAACUUCAGUGGCAGGAUCCCCAGCACAGACCCUGGUACACUGGAGCUAGACAAGUGGGGGGUUAUUGGUCGAACGAGGGCGAUGGAUCCCAACUCGUUAAUAUGGAAAAUGCUUUCCUACCCGAGCCCAAUGAUGGAUUCAAUGUAAACCGCGAUGCAUUGGCCUAUAAUUACAGUGACAGUUUGAAACGUUGGGGGCUGGAGAAGGUGGCGUCUUAUGAGCCUCUUCUGUACAUCUGCGAAGCGCAGUUAUCACUGAUGUAUAAUCUAGUUGAAGACGAUCGUGACUAUACAUAUGGAAUUGAGAUUGACAACCCCAGGGAAAUUCCACGAGGUCCUUAUUUCAUCAAACAACCUGUGAACAAAGUCUUUGAUGUCUCUAAAAGAAAAUUAACCAAUGAAAUAACUUUGAGCUGUCUCGCAGGGGGAUAUCCUACCCCGACAUACGAAUGGUUCAAAGAGGAUUAUGAUAAUGCACGGCUAUAUGCUACACCUAUUGAUCCACUGCAGAAGCACAGGUACACCCUCAGUGGGGGCAAUUUGAUCAUCUACAAUCCUGAUUCGACGGAGGACAGAGGUACUUACCACUGCAAAGCUAGUAAUAAAUAUGGUGUGAUAAUUUCGGAGACAGUUGUGCUAUCAUUCGGAUACAUCUUGGAGUUCAAUCUGAAGAGAUCAGACGAGCGUGGGGACCAGAAUUGGGGAAAAGCUGUUUAUUGUGAUCCCCCACAGCACUAUCCAGGGGUGAAGUACUAUUGGGCGCGCGAUUACUUUCCAAAUUUUGUGGAGGAGGAUAAGAGAGUCUUCGUGUCGAAUGAUGGAGCUCUUUAUUUUUCUGCCUUGGAGCCCAUUGACAGGGGUAAUUACUCCUGCAAUGUUCAGAGCGUAGCGUCGGAUACAGGAAGAAAUGGGCCGUUCUUCCCGCUCCACGUUAAUUCUCAUCCAACGUAUCAACAGCUCAAAUUUCCGAAUAACUUCCCGAAGGUUUUCCCUGAGGCACCGAUCGCAGGAGAGGAAGUCAGGAUGGAAUGUAUAGCCUUUGGGUAUCCAGUGCCAUCGUACAAUUGGACAAGGAGGGGUGCUCCAUUACCAAGGGGUGUCAUCUUUCAGAGUUACAAUCGUGUACUUGUGAUUCCUCGGGUGAGGGUUGAGGAUCAGGGCGAAUAUGUCUGUAGACCCUUCAACGACAGGGCUUCCAUUGAGAAUUCUGUCUUGCUGACUGUUCAGGCUGCACCGAAUUUCACAAUUCCUCUAGAGGAUAAGCACGUAGAUCUCAGGUCUGAUCUCACUUGGACUUGCGAAGCAUUUGGAAAUCCAGAUGUCACCUACCAUUGGUUCAGGAAUGGACAGUUGUUGGAUAAUACGACGCUGAGGGGGGACGAGAGGGACAGGUUUUUCAUACAGGAUAAUGUCCUGAAGAUUCAGAGAGUGGAGGAGGAAGAUGCUGGAAUGUAUCAAUGUCGGGCGACCAAUCAACUGAAGACAACGUACUCCUCUGGGCAAUUGAGAGUUUUAUCAAUGAAACCCUCAUUCAAAAAACAUCCGAUGGAAUCGGAGACGUACGCAGCGGACCGGGGCAAUGUCACGAUUGUUUGUAAUCCCGAGGCUGCACCGAGACCCAAGUUUAUUUGGAAGCAAGAUGGAAAUAUCAUUGGUAGUGGUGGUCGCAGGACAAUACUUGCUAAUGGUAAUUUGAUCAUCAGUCCGGUAUCUCGUGCGGACGAGGGGACAUAUGUAUGCAGUGCUUCGAAUCAGUAUGGCAAUGAUGAGACACGCGGACGACUCAUUGUAUUACGUGGUCCGGAUUUCGUUGAGACUCUUCCUCCCAGACUGACAACUGCAGUGAUGUACAACCAAACCUUCCGCUGUCAAGCAGACACCGAUGAAGUAUUGGAUGUCGCUUAUAUCUGGAAGCACAAUGGCAUAGUGAUACGAGAUAAGGAUUUGAUGGACAACCCUCGUCUACGAAUCGACGGAGGAAUCUUCACAAUAAUCAACAUCACCCUCGCCGAUGCUGGUGAUUAUGAGUGUAUGAUAAAGAGUGCUGUGGGGGACGUGUCGAGUCACACAACCCUGACGGUUGAAGGUCCCCCAGGGCCUCCGGGUGGUAUAUCAGUAGUGGACGUUGGAAAAGUCUCAGCGACUUUAGAAUGGACAGAUGGCGCGUUCAAUGGUCGUCCAAUUUACAUGUACACUGUAGCUGCUAGAACUAGAUUUACAAAUCAAUGGUUCAACAUAUCUGAGAACAUAACAGCCGAGGAUAUUGACAGAUAUACAGGUCGAAAACGUGCUCAUCUGGAGAACGUUUUGAAGCCUUAUACAACGUAUGAGUUUGCUGUUUCUGCAGCUAACGAAUAUGGUCAUGGUCCCCUCUCUCUACCCUCUCCCCAGUUCACUACUCCUCCAGACAAACCAACGAGAGCACCGGCUAAGGUCGGUGGUGGUGGUGGGAAACUUGGAGAUUUGACAAUCACUUGGGAGAAGUUGCCUCCAGCCGAUCAACAUGGACGUGGCAUUUACUACAAGAUAUACUGGCGUCGCAAGGGAGAUAUGGAAUUCCAGACUCUCUCGCUGAAGGAAUCCGGGGACAUAGGUAUGGCUGUAGUGCAGACCGAUAAGAAAUACUACUACACUGAGUACGAAGUCAAAGUACAAGCCAUCAACGAAGCUGGUGCUGGACCCAUUUCUGAGAUAGCGACAAUUUACAGCGCUGAAGACAUGCCACAAGUCCAGCCACAAGGGGUUUCAGCACUGGGAUACAAUAGCACAAGUUUGAAUGUCUCCUGGACACCAAUGGAAGAGACCAGGGAGAUGGUGAGAGGUAAAUUGACAGGGUAUAGGCUCAAGUACUGGCCGGUGAAUAAGCCAGAGGAACAGGGAGUUUACUAUCUCUCUCGUACAACGAGACCCUGGGCCCUUAUCGUUGGUUUACAACCCAACACACUCUACCACGUCAAAGUUAUGGCUUACAAUUCAGCUGGGGCUGGACCCGAAAGUGAGAGAUUCCAGGAAAGGACCUUCAGAAAACCACCACAAAAUCCACCGAGUUCGGUAUUUGUUUAUGAUAUCAAUCCAUCAACUGUUAGGGUUUCUUGGAGAUAUGUACAACCGAGUCUCGAUGAGGAACCACUUGAUGGAUAUAAAAUGCGAAUUUGGGAAAUUGAUCAAGAUAUGAGUACAGCUAAUGACUCUAUUGUUCCUGCUGAUGGGAAACUCGAGGGAUAUAUUUUUAAUUUGAGUCCAGGGAAGACAUACAAUCUUAGGGUUCUUGGGUUCAGCAAAGGUGGCGAUGGCAGAAUGUCGAGUCCACCUAAUACAUUCCAAAUGGGGAAUCCAGCGAUAUUUAGGAACGCUGCGAGCAAUAAAAUUUUGGAUUCAGCUUUGGGAAUUUGUGUAAUUAUUCUUCUGUGGAGAUUAGGCUUCGUUUAAUUGAGGGCCUAGGUUUUUCAGGUAGGGGUGUUCAAUAUUACAUUGAUAUGUGGAAAUAACGACAUUUCGUCCUCUGAUAAUGGGUUUUUAUCAAUAUUUUUUAGACCGAUGUAUUGAACGCAUCGAUAUUUGACUCUCCAUACCGAUAUCAACUAUUUUUUAUAAUGAAUGAAGUCUCGGAAGAACUCAUGGACUUAGAGUUCAAGAAUUUUCCAACACUGCCUAAUUCAUUUUUGGAAAAAUUUAUAACCCAACCAGAACCAAUGUCUCGGUAGAUGAAAAAAAAAUAUCGAUACUUUUUCAACAUUGAACAUUCCUACCUUCAGGCUGCAGAAGCCUGUAAUUAAUUUGAGAAUUUUCGAGGACGUAUUUUUUAUAUGAAUAAUGAAUGCUUGAUAUUUUACAUUGAGAAAAUGAUAAUCGAAGUGGUCUUACGAUUUUUCUUUAGGGGACAGCUGAAGUAGUUUGAUAUUGUUGGAGGUAUUAAAUCUCAGGGUAGGUGCAUCAUUUUAAUAGACAAUUGGUUCUCGAUUAAUGAGAAUUGUUUCAGCCACUCGAAUGAAAGAUCUGAAAAAGUUUUCGUUUUAAUUGCAUUCAACUAACUCCAAUUUAUUUUACGUAGAGCUGAUCGGUGUUCAAAACAGUGAUGACUUUUUUAUCGCCUGAGAAUUACAAUGUAAUUAUAGUGCUGUUUUUUUUUUACUUUUGUUGUCCUCAAGCGCAACUAAUUUUUCCGUCCAUAUGUGCCGAGGUAAACUAUAUAUAUAUUGAUCACGGGUUUUAUACUUGGUACUGUAGAGAUUAAAUGAAGGAGAUUCCGUCAAUAGAUGCAUCACAUGCAGCAAAGAAUAAUGGUAUAAAUAUUGAAUACUCUUUUUUGAAUGAAAAAUGCACAAUGUUGUUGAAAUAACUCUAUAACUCAAAGGGUUGAAGCACUGAUACAGAUGACUAACGUAAAAAUUUGUGUAGCAUCUGUAAGUUGUGAAAUUUUAUUAAUAUAAAGAGGAUAAUUUGUGCAAAUUUAUGACGACGAUACUAUUCUCUUUGUACUUGCAUUUGUUCAUCCUCCUAGCAGAGAAACAAAUUAUUAUGGAUUUUUUACUAUUGUAACACGACAAAAUGAAAAUUAUACGAUGAGAAAAUAAAGAUAAUUUUUUUUACAAGA